AUGACUCAUAACGGACUACACAUGCCACGCACCCACCUCUCCAAGGAGGGUGCUAACCGCGCAGUCAUUGAAGAAGAAUUGCGUCAACGCGGUCGCCGCUGGGAAGCGCUGCGAGGUUUUCGAUAUAAAGCUUACAAUGGCAUAGCGUUGUCCUCUACGGAUCAAAGGACUCUUAGCCGCGAGAGAGUGAAUUGUCGCAUCGUUCUCGAUGGCGCACGCUGGGAGGACGAGAACCCAAACCACCUGACAUAUUUGGAGACCAUCCACGAGGCAGACCAAAGCCAAGCCGACUACGAGAUGCCUCCACUCGACGACGACCACGUCUUGCUGACUUCACCAAUAGUCAGAGGCUACGCACUAAAGAACAAACGCUGGAUGCAGUUCUUCAUCGACUCGGUUGAAGAGAUAGAGUUCGACGAGGGCGCCUUUGACUCUCUUGUGCUUUCAGAAGAGCGCAAAAAAAUAAUUCUCACUUUGGCCAAAAGCCAGGUCAAGCACAAGGACUCGUUUGACGAUGCCGUCAAAGGCAAAGGCAGGGGCAUCAUCAUGCUACUCUCUGGCGGCCCAGGCAUCGGCAAGACACUCACGGCCGAGGUCGUCGCCGAGCAGAUGCGCAUGCCUCUGUACACCAUGAGCGCUGGCGACCUCGGAAGCUCGUCCGACGAGGUUGAUAAAAAUCUCGGCAAGCUCAUGAGCAUGGUCAGCAACUGGAACGCCGUGCUGCUGCUUGACGAAUGCGACGUCUUUCUCGAGGAGCGGACUACCGCGGAUCUGGAGCGCAAUCGCGUCGUGUCGAUUUUUCUCCGAACACUAGAGUAUUAUGAAGGCAUCUUGUUUCUGACGACGAAUCGCAUUGCAAGCAUGGAUACGGCUUUCCAGAGCCGCAUCCGUCUCACGCUGGAGUAUCCCAACCUCGACGCUCAAGCUCGUCGGGCCAUCUGGUCAACCUUUUUGGAUCGCGCCGCCAGCGAAGGCAUGGCUGGAAAAGGAGAUGAUUUUGAUGAGGCGGCUCUAUCUAUGCUGAGCUCUAUUGACUUGAAUGGCCGGCAAAUUAAAAAUACCAUGAAGAUGGCGCAACUUCUUGCGAUGCAGACUGGUGCCAGACUCACAUUGGGACAUGUGAAGACGGUGUUGAGGAUACAGGGCCAGAUGGGUCGGUCAGUAGAAAUGGUGAAAGCUUCCCUAUAUAGAGGAUCAUAUUUCAGCAAAUUGACAAAGAAGCAAUGUAACUUUGGAUAG